CUUAUUCAUUGUGGUAUUAUAACUGUUAUUUUUUUAGCCAUAAAGUUGAGUUUGAUAACGGGAAUUAAACAAAUCAGGUCAGAGGAUGCGUCGUAAACUUCGAUUUGGCCUAGUUCUGUUGCUGGCAUCGGGAAUAUACAUAUUUUUUCAAUUUUCGCUAAAAGAGAAGUCUACAAUACUGAAGAACAAAAUUUACUACUCAGUAUCAGGGUUUAGACAAGACCUUUCAGUGUUUUUCCCUGUUUUCACAAGAACUCGUUCACCAAAAUAUAUUCGGACACGUAAUGUCAGAACUGUAUAUCCCAGUUCAGAAGAAGCGACUGAAGAACCUCAGCAGGCUGAGACCAAUAAACCAGCCCAGACGAGCCAUCCAAGUUAUUCAAGUACCGAGACAUUUUCCCACCCCCCAAUUAUCUCGAAGAAAGAGCGACCAGAUCUGUGGCAAAAACUGUCGAAAGAAUUUAGGAAUGGCGACGAAACAACUGAAUUUAAGACCACAAGCGGCGUGAGAGUGAUUAUUGUUGCGCAUGGGCGAUCUGGAUCAUCAUUCUUUGGAGGAAUUUUCAACUCACAUCCAGAUUUCUUCUUUGUUUACGAGCCGUUGAGACAACUAAAGAACAUUGUGGAUCAAAGUUCUGAUAGUUAUCUUGAAAACGUUGACUAUGUUGUGAACGCUGUUCUCAACUGUCAGUUUAAAGAUGAUAUGUUCCUGAAAUCGCAGUCGCGCAAAUUUCUCUGGCGUGCGGCGUCCAGGUCUCUUGUAUCGCCGCCGUUCUGUAAAACCACAUACGAUGAAGCAACGAAUUUUGUUGCGAAUCGAAAUUGGAGUUUGUGCAAUGAAGGUAUCUCUGCGGAGGUACUGAACAAUAUUUGUCGUAAACAUGUAAAUGUUGCCUCGAAAAUUCUCCUUGAACGUAUAGAACCGGCUGACUUGUCCUGGCUUUUAAGCGUCAGCAGUUUAAACAUCACUUCAGUUCUAUCUUCAUCUAUGGGUCUUCAGCCUACUGUACAGGUACCGAGGAUCCCAUGGAAUGGGAGAGUCUAUGUACUAUAUUUAGUUCGUGAUCCACGAGCAAUGAUUUACUCUCGCUAUCAUUUGGGUUGGGUUGCUCCGCGCGACCGCCGGGAGUUCGCUCUUGAGAGUGGAGAAGCUGACGAGGUUGUAAAGAACUUAUGCAAUACGAUUGAACUGAGUCUCGGGGAGGUUCUGCUCAACCCUGAUCGGAUUAAAUUAGUUCGUUACGAGGAACUGGCGACAGAUCCAGAAGGAUUGGUUCGGCAUUUAUUCCGAGAACUUCAUAUUUCUCCGUCGAAAGAGGUAUUCAAAUGGAUUCGAAGCAAAACCAGCGAACCUGUAAAGCGGGCUCUAGUUUCACUUUCGCGAAAUGCCACCUUGGCGAUUAACUCGUGGCGAAAGAAAAUACCCAAGCAAUUACUGAAAAUCGUCGAAACAAGGUGUUCACGUAUCAUGAAGUACCUCGGGUACAUACCGACCAACGGCUCUGAAAGUAUAUUAGGUGACAUGACCAAGCCUUUGUACUUGAACAAAAUACGGGAUUUAAAGGAGAAUUAUAAAUGGCCUUCCUUUUUAAACCAUUCUGUGAUUAAAUGGUAAAAACUCUUAAAAUUAUAGUUGGUAACUAGUUCUCAAAAAGGUGUUUUCUGUGCCGAUAAAGGUGUUUUCUCAUGCUUAUACAGAAAUGAAAACAUGUCUUUUAUUUAGUUCAAACUCUCCAUAUAACCACAGUUAAUGGAUAUUGGACAAAUGAUAUUCUAGAACUUCAAAUUAUGGCCCUGGAAAUGACGCACGAGUGAGCGGAAAUUAUGCAAAUUAACUUGGAAUGACCUUUGUUCCGGUCGCGUUUAUUUACCAACCUUUUGACAGACAAAGGCAA